AUGCCAAAUAAAGGAAAAAGGUCUUAUUUUUUAUAUAUAUUUUAUCUGACCUUCUGUAUUAAUUUGAUGUUUAUUUAUGGUUUCAUACAAAAGAAAAUUUAUAUUAAAUCGUUUCCUAAUCAUAAAUAUCCAUUAUAUAAAAAUAAUAAUAAUGAUAAUAACAAAGAGGACUUGGAAUAUAAACUUUACAAAAAUAUCAGCUUUAAUAAAAUAAAAACAAACCUAAAAAAUUUAUUAGUUGUAAACAAAAAUAUUAAUAUAUCAGACAUUAAGUAUUUUUCCUGUAUAGGCAAAUUUCAUGAUUAUGAAAAGAUUGAAAAUUUUGGAGUAAAUGAAAUUUGCAUAUUAGGAAGAAGUAAUGUUGGAAAGUCUACAUUUCUUCGAAAUUUUAUAAGAUAUUUAUUAAAAAUAAAUGAAAAUAAAGAUAUUAAAGUUUCUAAGAAUAGUGGAUGUACAAGAUCUAUAAAUCUAUAUUCAUUUGAAAAUGAAAAAAGAAAACGAUUAUUUAUUAUAACUGAUAUGCCAGGUUUAGGAUAUGCUGAAGGGAUAGGAAAAAAGAAAAUGGAUUAUUUAAGGAAAAAUUUGGAUGAUUAUAUCUUUUUAAGAAAUCAAAUUUGUUUGUUCUUUAUUUUAAUUGAUAUGAGUGUAGAUGUACAGAGAAUAGAUUUAUCUCUAGUGGAUAUGAUAAAAAGAACCAAUGUGCCCUUUCGUGUUAUAUGUACAAAGAGUGACAAAUAUGAUUCAAAUUUAGAGGGAAGACUGAAUGCAAUCAAAAAUUUUUAUAACCUUGAUAAAAUUCCAAUACCUAUUUCUAAAUUUUCCAAAACAAACUAUAUAAAUAUAUUCAAGGAAAUUCAAUAUCACUGUAAUUUAGACAAAUAA